UUGGGCGGUUGAAGGGAAAGGGCAAAAAGGGUUGGCAGAUGAUAAGUCAUCUUCAUUCUUCAACAUUCCAACCUCUAUUGCAACCCCACUCUUUUUCCUUUCCUUUUUUUUUCCAUUUUCAUCUCACAUUUUUCUGCAAUUUCAAUUAUCUUAACUCCCAUCUCAAGUUUCUCAAAUUCACCAACUUUUAUUAACCCUAAAGAUUUAUAUACACAACACAAUCACAUUACGAUAUAUAACAUCCUUAUAAUUUGUUGUCUCUGUAGUUUCUCUCUGCAUUUGUCUCUGAACCCAAACAGAGAAGGAAGAGGUGUUUUUAAUGCCGGAAUUUGUCAUGGAUGGAUCAAUUCUAGAUGACAAUCAUAAAGAACCAAAUGGUCAUUUUAUACAUCACAGAGAAUUUUUUGAUCAGGGGUCUCCUAGAAGUCCGUUGAGUACACAUAGUCGCGAAACUGAUUCAAUUGAUUUGGAUAUGAAUGGGGCUGUUGACACUUCAAUUGAGCAACUAUACAAUAAUGUGUAUGAAAUGCAAAGCUCCGAUUAUUCACCUUCGAGGCGAAGCUUUCUAUCUUAUGGUGAGGAAUCAAGAAUUGACUCUGAGUUAAGAUAUCUUGCAGGGGUAGAUUUUGGUGAAGUGGAGAAUAAGAAAGAGGUUUCUGAGGAAGACAAAGGACAAAAUGAUGAAAAGUUUGGAAAGAUUAAUAAAGUAUUUCCUGCAAGUCCUAAGCCUGUUUGGUCUGCUAAGGGAAAGAAGUUUUCUCCAUUGCAAAAUGAUUCUCAAAUAUCUAGCAAGCCACCAAGAUCAAGGAGCAAGUCUUUUAAUGAAAAGCCAUCUCCUAAAAAAGUGGCAAAUCCGAAAAAGCUGAAUGUAGCAUCGCCUUUGGCAGGAGUGAACAUGCAGAAUGGAACUGAGGAUCCGUCUAAGGCAAGAUACUUAGGACCAUAUUUACUUAAACAAGCGAGGGACAUGAUUUCAACGGGAGACAAUCUUCAAAAAGCUCUUGAACUAGCCCUUCGAGCUAUGAAAUCAUUUGAGAGUUCUUCGAAGGGAAAGAGAAGUUUAGAGUUUGUUAUGUGUUUGCACGUUGUAGCAGCGUUAAACUGUCGAUUAGGGAAGUAUAAUGAGGCAAUUCCGCUCUUGGAGCGAUCAAUUGAAGUUCCUGACUUGGAUGUGGGACAAAAUCAUGCACUUGCAAAAUUUGCAGGGUGCAUGCAAUUGGGUGAUACAUAUGCAAUGCUCGGACAGAUUGAGAAUUCGAUACUGUGCUAUACUGCUGGCCUGGAAAUUCAAAGACAAGUUCUUGGAGAGAAAGACACAAGAUUUGGUGAGACUUGUAGGUAUGUAGCUGAAGCCCAUGUUCAAGCUAUGCAAUUUAAUGAGGCUGAAAAACUUUGUCAAAUGGCUCUUGACAUUCAUAAGGAGAAUAAUUCAUCUGCCUCUCCUGAAGAAGCUGCUGAUAGAAGACUUUUGGGACUUAUCUACGAUUCGAAGGGAGAUUACGAAGCUGCUCUUGAACAUUAUGUUUUAGCAAGUAUGGCAAUGGCAGCCAGUGGACAGGAAGCUGAUGUAGCUUCACUCGACUGCAACAUUGGCGAUGCAUAUUUAUCUAUGGCACGAUAUGAUGAGGCUAUAUGUGCUUACCAAAAAGCUCUUACUAUGUUCAAGUCUACCAAAGGAGAGAACCAUCCCUUAAUUGCUUCUGUCUAUGUACGUUUGGCUGAUUUGUACAACAAGAUAGGAAAAUUCAGGGAAUCCAAAUCUUACUGUGAAAAUGCACUUCGAAUUUAUACUAAGGCCAUCCCAGGAAGCUCUCCGGAAGAGAUAGCAAGCGGCCUAGUUGAUGUAUCUGUGAUCUAUGAAUCAAUGAACGAACCUGAUCAGGCGCUCAAGUUACUUCAGAAGGCGAUAAAAGUAUAUGGAAAUUCACCAGGACAACAGAGCAUUAUCGCGGGAAUUGAAGCUCAGAUUGGGGUCUUGUACUAUAUUCUGGGGAAAUAUAUGGAUUCUUAUGAUUCCCUGAAAAAUGCAGUAUCAAAAUUCAGGGAUAUUGGAGAGAAGAAGUCUGCAAUUUUCGGUAUUGCUUUAAACCAAAUGGGACUUGCCUGUGUACAACUUUAUGCAAUUAAUGAGGCUGCAGACUUAUUUGAAGAAGCAAGGAUAAUUUUAGAGACUGAAUGUGGACCGUAUCAUGCAGAUACAUUGGGGAUCUAUAGCAAUCUUGCUGGCACUUAUGAUGCAAUGGGCAGGACGGAUGAUGCAAUUGAGAUAUUAGAAUUUGUGGUUGGAAUGAGGGAGGAAAAACUGGGAACAGCAAAUCCUGAUGUGGAUGAUGAGAAAAGGAGACUAACUGAGUUAUUAAAAGAAUCAGGAAAAGUGAGGAGCAGAAAAUCCAAAUCACUGGAAACACUUCUUGGUACCAUGUCUCAUAUUUUACUCAAGAAUCAAGAGAUCAAUGUACUAGAAAGAUGAAAUAACAGGUCUUUGUGGUCACCUUGGGAAUUCUUUUUGUAUAUUUGGAUAAAAACCAAACUAGGAAAAUAAAAUUGCCUUAGUUGGGCAAAGAGGGAAUUGAGAUCCUCAACUUGUGGUAUACGAUUUGGAGUAGAAAUUAUGUAAAGUUUUCACUUUUCGUUGUCAGAGUUGAUAAAGUUUCUUUAUCAAUUUGUUCUUCUGUGUAUCUUGAAUGUUCAUAUAAAUGGUAGACUAUAGUUUUCAAUUUCU